UACUUAGUUAUUACAUUUUGCCUGCAUAUUUUAAAUAUCCAUUAAUAUAAUAAUUUUAUCAAUUAAAGCAUGUUUUUUGUUAUUUUAUUUUAUUUGUCGACUAAAGCUGAAUAACUGAAUAAAACUCAGGGACUGCAGUCAGCCGUGUUUCCCAAACUUUUCGUGUAAAACUACAUUUCCCAUGAUGCAAAGGGGGCACGUGCGGUCCAAAAUACUGCGUCACAUCCGGCUUAUGGCGGCGGGAACUCAAGUCUGACAGGAUUAUUAGCUCUGUUAGCUAACUAAUCAUUAAAAAGCCGAAUUUCGCGAUAGAAAUCGGGUAUAAAAACCGAGUUACCUCAUAAUUUGAAGAAAUAAACCCUUCAGGUGCAGGGUGAGCAAUGACUCGGCCUCUAUUCGGCGGUGCCAUGUCUGCUGUCUUCCCCCUCAACACCAAAGACAUCAGUGAGUUGAGGGAGAUUCCUGAUAAUCAGGAAGUUUUUGCUCACACACACACAGACCAGAGCAUCAUCAUAGAGCUGCUAGAGUAUCAGAAUAAUGUGGAGGAUUCACAGGCUGCCAGGUAUCACUUUGAGGAUGUAGCAGGUAGUAAUAAGGCGUCGGAGUCAGGGCAGAUGGAGGUGAAGGAGGUGCAGUGUGUCCCUCACGAUCAGCUCGCGCUCAGCCAGUGCAGCUCGGCCUGGAUCCUCACCGGAGCUCAGCUCAUCUCCAAAUUUAACGAGGAGGCAAAAAACAUAGUGAAUAUCCACCUGUGUUUAUUUCGUCUGCCGCAGUACACCACUGACAUCCUGAUUACCUUCAACAACCCAGUCAGCAUCAGUCCACUCAGCAGUAGCAGUGGUGCGGUUACUGAAGGUGUUUGGACGGAGCAGGACUUUCACACACUUGUCCAGUCUUUUCAGCUGCUUGACCCAGGAGUGUUUGGAUAACACACGCACGCAGAUCGCUGAAGUGUAAAUAAAUGUGUGAUCCAUUA